GCGGGGCCUGGGAGCCCUGCGGGAGCAGAGGAGCCGGGCGUUUUGGGGCCUUCAACUUCCACGGGUGCCUUGACUACUUCUACCUGGCUGUCUGAGGACAGAGUGAGAAGGAGCCAUGGAUCCUGCAGCAUUGGUAGAAGCCAUGGUGGAAGAAGUUGCCUGUCCUAUCUGCAUGACCUUCCUGAGGGAGCCUGUGAGCAUCGACUGUGGCCACAGCUUCUGCCAUGGCUGUCUCUCUGGACUGUGGGAGGUCCCAGGAGAAUCCCAGAACUGGGGUUACACCUGUCCCCUCUGCCGGGCUCCAGUCCAGCCAAGGAACCUGCGACCCAAUUGGCAGCUGGCCAAUGUUGUAGAAAAAGUUCGUCUGCUGGGGCUGCAUCCAGGAAUGGGACUGAAGGGUGAUGUGUGUGAGCUCCAUAAGGAACAGCUAAAGAUGUUCUGCAAAGAGGAUGGACUGAUCGUUUGUGAGGCCUGCAGCCAGUCUCCUGAGCAUGAGGCCCACAGUGUCGUACCCAUGGAGAAUGUCACCUGGGAAUAUAAGUGGAAACUCCACGAGGCUCUGGAGCAUCUGAGGAAAGAGCAAGAUGAGGCCUGGAAGCUGGAAGUUAGUGAGAGGAAACGAACUGCCACCUGGAAGAUACAGGUGGAAACCCGAAAGCAGAGUAUCAUGUGGGAGUUUGAGAAAUACCGGCGAUUACUAAAAAAAACACAGCCUCCAGGUCGGCGGCUGGAGGUGGAAGCAGCCGCAGCUCUGGCCAGUCUAGAGCAGGAAGAGGCAGAGACUGUGCAAAAACUGGAGCAGAAUCAUAAUGAGCUCGUCCAGCAGAGCCAGGUGCUGUGGAGGAUGAUUGCAGAACUGGAAGAGCGGUCUCAGAGGCCUGUCCGCUGGAUGCUGCAGGGUAUUCAGGAAGUCUUAAACAGGAGCAAGUCUUGGAGUCUGCAGAGGCCAGAACCAGUCUCCCUGGAGCUAAAGACAGAUUGUCGUGUGCUGGGGCUAAGAGAGAUUUUGAAGACAUAUGCAGCUGAUGUGCGCCUGGAUCCAGACACCGCUUAUUCUCGCCUCAUUGUGUCUGAGGACAGAAAAUGCGUGCACUAUGGAGACACCAAGCAGAAACUGCCUGACAAUCCUGAGAGAUUUUACCGCUACAAUAUCGUCCUGGGAAGCCAGUGCAUCUCCUCAGGCCGGCACUACUGGGAGGUGGAAGUGGGAGACAGGUCGGAAUGGGGCUUGGGAGUGUGUAAGGAAAAUGUAGACCGGAAGGAGGUGGUCUAUUUAUCCCCCCACUAUGGAUUCUGGGUGAUCAGGCUGCGGAAGGGAAAUGAGUACCGAGCAGGCACCGAUGAAUACCCACUCCUGUCCUUGCCUGUCCCUCCCCGCCGGGUGGGGGUCUUCCUGGAUUAUGAGGCCCAUGAUAUCUCUUUCUACAAUGUGACUGACAAUGGCUCCCAUAUUUUCACUUUCCCCCACUAUCCCUUCCCCGGGCGUCUCCUGCCCUACUUUAGUCCUUGCUACAGCAUUGGAGCGAACAACACGGCUCCUCUGGCCAUCUGCUCCCUGGACGGGGAGGACUAAGAGGGCCACCAUCCUAGCUAGAGGCCUUAGAGUGUCACCUGGCCCACACAGGUUUUGGAGGGCCCACCACCAACAAGGAUCCCCUUGAACUAUGCUGAGUCUAAGAUCCAGGGAGCCCUCCGCCUGACCCAGUAGUCUGUUGCUACUGGGCCAAGGUCUCUCACUAACCUACUCAUAUGAAAAAGCUGAGGUGCAGUCAAAUGAGCAUGGCACCCCAGUGAGGGAAGCAUGACAGGGCUAAGAGCAAGGAUCUGAGCAGUUGUAAGGUAACGUGUUGCUGUGAGAGUCAGGACUCUGUCCUUUCUGUAGCUCAUGCUCCUCUUCCCCAGUCCCUGUGGGUGCCAUAAUUAAGUCAGCAAGGAUGAUGAAGUAGAUCCAACCUAGAGGAAACCCUUUGCAUAGGGAUUGCUAAAAAGCCAAAAGACACUUGUUCAUGUCCAGAGCUGGUUGCUGUGCUGAUACUAGUUGAGGAUGUUUUGCCUGAGGUUUGCUGCUACUGAGCAACCCAUAUUUGACCCCAACUCUCUGACCCCCUGACUAGAGAAGUGCCUUGCAGCAUUGCACAGGCCACCCCAAUAUGCAUAACCCCUCUCUGAGCAUAAGCCGGGAAAGUCACUCUAUCUCAGACCUAAGGAGAUCUGUGUCGCGGUCCUGCCUUUUCUCCCAAGCGUCAGGAUCAGAAAACCUGUGAGCCUUGUUCUUGUGUUCAUUUUGUGGAUGAAAAAACUGAAGUGGCCUUAAAUGCAGUAAAUUACUUCUCACAAAACAGUUGAAAAAAGAUCGUAAAGCUUAUAAAGUAUUUCCCACAUUCAAACGAAACAAGAUGGACAGACUUGCUUCUCGGGUCACCUGUCUGCAUAUCAUUCAUUAUAGUUGGGUCUGAAACAUCCCAGUGUUGGAAGGGUUUUAGGUGUCCUCAGUGGACAAGGGGGUAUAGAAAUUGCAGACCCUCCUACCUCACAGGAUUGUUUUGAAGAUCUCAGAUCCAUCCUGUAUUUUUCCUUUCUCAGGCAUGGAGAAAGGCAGGCCAUGGAUUUUGCCUGCAGUAGCCUUCCUGCCUUGCCUGCUUAGAGCCAGCAUCCGUACAGCAGUGCCUUUGUUUCGUAGAGCCUCUCCUGAUAAUCUCAGCCCAUUAGACAGAAAGGUCCCUUGCCAAUGGCAGACUCUGGGCCACCGUGAUAUGUUGUGCAUCUAUUGUAUGUGUUAUUGUUUGGAUCAGAAUGGGGACUGUGACAGGGUAGAGAAUGGAAAUAAUAAAAAGAAAAAUUUAAAACAGAUGCACUGGAAAGAAGGCUCACCCACAAGCUAGUUGGGCUAAAGUUUGGAUCUUUUUGUCACCAAGGGACUCUUCAUGGCUCUGGUAACUACAUAAUAGUCUGCCUUUCUCUUCUCUAAAUCUAUGACAGAAGAAGGAAAGGGCAUGAAAAGCCAACUUAGGAGCCAUACGUUAUAAUGAAAGGGAAGUAAAACUAUGUAUCUGGGCUGUUGACCUUAGAGUGAUGGUUAUAUGUGCCAAAAAUAAUACAUUACAGGGCUUAAGUGUAUGAUGUGGGAAUGCUUGUGCCUGGAGAUAAAUUGCAAGACAAGCAUGUGGAAACCAUUGGCCUUGCCUAUUGCAAGGGGCUCUGAUGUGUACAUCAACAUUGUCGCCGUGGUGCUGUGGAACACAACUUCUGAUGUAGUGGAAGCUUGAAAGAGUGACUGUUGAGUCAGGAUUGGGCAGCAAAAUAAUUACCAGGUCAGGUAUAGGGAGAAGCAAAGUAAUUCCUGUAAUAAAGAAGCGUAAAUAUUGUCUUUCUACUUUAACUGUGUUGGUUGUUCACAUAUGGAAGAGGUAAAACAGGCUAAAAUGGAGAAAUAAACUCAUUCUGCCCACUAUGCUUCCAAAUCACUCCUCAAGCAUUAGCAGAAGGGGAGAAGUUUCCAUUCUCUGCUUGGAGAGGAAUGAACUGGUAAGUCACAGACAUGGUCUUGGCAAAGGAUUGAGCUGACCUGCAUUAAAGGGAUCAUAUGUCUUUGUAUAGGGGGACUUCCUGGGGAAUUGUUUAUAAACUUGAGAAAUCAAUUUUUAGGAAGUUCUUCCAGUUAUGUCCAUGGACGCUUACUGAAGAAGCUAGGAAACAAACCAGUGUUGUUCUUUUACUAUGGUUUUAUUAGGACUAAUCCUGAAAGUUUCUUAGAAAAAGGAUUUUUAGCUGAUAAAAUCAUUUAAAAGUAGAGUGACUUGAAUAGUGGAAUGACUUCAUUGUUAACAUGCUGUUUUGGGAAGGGUUUUUUGGUUUUUUUUUUACUUUUAUAAGCUGAUUUGGGGGCUAUGAUUACCUGUGAGAAGUACAAGGUUAAACACAUUGUUUAUUUCAUAUUGUCUGAUUUUUAAGACCAGGCAAGAAUAUUGACUCUUAAGUAUAUGAAAACCCUUUUCUCUAGGAUAACUGCUUAUACUUCCUUUCUAAGAAUACCGUGAAGACAAGAACCUUAUUUGUCUGGUUCACAAUUUUAGCCCAGUCUAGCACUGUGUGUGUGUGUGUGUGUGUGUGUGUGUGUGUGUGUGUAAAUAUUUAAAUGAGGGAACUUUCAUUCA